AAUAUCGACUCUCGUGAACAUCCUGGUUAAUUAGCUGUUAGCUCCUGGCUUUAGCUCACAACUAAAACAGCUUCCGUUUAUCUGCUUAUAUCACCUACUGAGAAAAUUACUAACGCUCUAAGAUCGUUGUAAUAGUUUUUUAUAAUAAACAGUCCUUCAUUCAUGCCAACUAGCUUCUUCCAUUGAGCUAAAAAUAUAACCGGCCGUAGCUAAUGUUAGCCACCAGUGACAGCUGACAGUUUCUGUUACACAUACUGCCUGGUUGAUUGAUUUGAAUUGAAAAUGGCAGAGGCAGUCGCAAAUGUGGCCCGGAGGAUUAAUGCAACAGUAGAGGAAGGCAAAGACAGUCUGGACCUAUCAAACUGCCAGCUCAUUUCCUUCCCAGAUGGUGUGUUCAAGGUCCUCAGGACUGUCUCAGAAAACAUCCGCAUUGUCACAUUGGCUGAUAAUAAAAUGAAGGCCAUUUCAAGCAAAUUCUUUUCAACUUUUACCCAGCUCAGAGAACUUGACCUGCAGGGCAACAUUUUCACCAAGCUGCCAGAUGAGGUUGGAGAAGUGGAACAUUUGACCAGCAUCAAUUUAGCUAAUAACAGCUUUUCCAUCUUCCCUGAGAAGCUCACUGAAAUAGCCACACUGGAGAGGAUUGACCUUGAGGGAAACAGCAUCACUGAAUUACCUUUGGAAAAGUUGUCUGCCAUGCCAGCUCUCAAGUGGCUCAACAUAAAGUCCAAUCCUUUGAGCUCCAGCACUCAGUCUGCUCUCCGAUCUCCUUACAAUUUUGAGAUUUUAUUAACAACAGAAUAAUGGAAUAUGUCAGAUAUAUUCUUACAGACUGUUUUGUGUGUGCCUUUAACUAAUAAGGUUGAAUGCAUUUGAGAACCUUAAAGGGGCAGUAUUAUGUAAAAUCAACGUUUUUGAGUUGUACAUUAUUUUAUUCCCCCGUCAAAAACAUAACUGGAAUGUUACUUUGAUUCUUUCAUGCAUGUUGAAGAAAUUGUUUCAUCUCCCAUGGCAGCCAUUAUGGGUGCAGAAACAUUUGGUCUCACCAAACUUCCUUUUCCAUGGAUCUCCUCCUCAGAGCAGUGGUUUCCAAGUCUGGCUUCCACCUCACAGAGCGCCACCACUCAGCUCCUUCAAACUAGUGGCAGCAGAAAUUAGCAAAUCCUUGUUGGAACUGCGCAUCUGCUGAGCUUAUCAUACAAGCUACUUCUCAGUGAAAUGCUGGUAAAAGCCUCCUUAAAGACUUAACGGAGGAAUGUUGUGAUGGCAGAAAGAGCAGGAGCUUCUUAAAGAGACAGAGACCAAUUUCAAGGUGUUAAAUUACAAAGUCAAAUUUCUAAGUCGUGUUUGAUUAUAACAACUGAAGGUAACAUAAUUAUUUGAUUGUACUAUAAAUUAGCACUCUGUCUCUGGAAAAUAGGUAAUACUGCCCCUUUAAAAAGGUUUUAAGAUAGAAUUGUGUUUCACAAGAAAAAGAGACACAUCUAUAAAGACGAGUUUUCAACCCUGCAACCUCUGCUUUUGGAGAGUGUAGUGUCUGAUCAUACAGGAGGACUUUUUGGGAACUGUUCAAGAGGAACAAUCAGGACAAAAGACAUUGAGUUUGCAAAACAAGUAUAAUCUAUGAACUCCAGAUGCAUUAGCAGACACACUGCCGCCAAGACCUAAGCAUGCCUAUAUCUGGAACAUAGAUAUGUGAUAAUGUUUACUUUGGGGAGUAUGUAUUGGCCCAGGCCCUAUAAAAGGGGUGCUGUCCAGCAAUCGGGGGGACUUCACCAUGAUUGGGCCAAGAAUUCAUCGUGAUUCAAUGGUGCUGACUUGGGCUGCAGUUUGUAAUAAAACUUUGCUCUUCAACCAAA